AUGGGUGCAACAUAUUGGAAGUUCAAUGCCGAUUCUUGCAAAGUUGAAAUGGUCGGUAUGACACCACAGGCACCAAAGGAAUCCGAGGGUGAUGUUGUUUGCGCCGAUUGUAACUUCAACAACACUCUCUGUCACAUCGUAAAGAUUGUCCUUAAGCGUUAUAGUCUUCCUGGUGUUCUUCCCCCUGAACUUGUGAAGCUUCCAAACCUCCGAGAAAUUGAUUUUGCUUACAAUUACCUCAGUGGUACAAUACCACUUGAAUGGGCUUCAACGCAGUUGACUUUUAUCUCUGUCCUUGCAAAUCGCUUAUCAGGGGAAAUCCCAAAGGAAUUGGGGGAGAUUACUAGUCUCACAUACCUGAACCUUGAAGCCAACCAAUUUUUGGGUACUGUUCCUUCGGAGCUUGGGAAGUUGGUCAACUUAGAUACUCUCCAUUCCCUUCUACGGAGAAAGUACAUCCAGAGUUUUUUGGUAAUGGCAGAUGGCAACAAAGUGGAAAGCUCCUUCUUUAAUUUGAGGAGGGAGCUGAAAUCAGGAUUUUCAUUGAACAUUCUGAAUGUGAUUGUUCUGAUUGCGUAA